AUGCAUUCUCCCCUCAGCCUUGAUGCUACUAUAUGCUUCAUUGAGCUUUUGGGACUUCUCAAACCCUACCUGCUUUCUCUCCAGUCUCCUGCAAUUGUUGAUCCCCCAAAUACCCUGCCUUGGAAUGUAGCAGCCUUCCUUUGUGAUGCUCUGGUCAUUUCUGAGGAUCAACUUCAUCAAGCUUGGCUUGCUCUCCAGAACCAUAUUUGGGAACAUGAUCUACUGGAUACAGAUGCUCUAGCUGCUAGGACUAAGCAUAUAGGCACAUUUCUUAAGUAUGGCUUGGUCCAAAAUCGUGAAAUUGGAAUAUAUUCUCUUGAACCUCCAAUGCGCACAUGUCCUGAUCCUACCUGUGGGCCAACUAUGAGGGACAAUCCGGGUGAAGUUCUUGAGCGUGACCUUGUAGAGUCAAGUCGCCUUCAAGUUACUAUAUUCACCAGGGAGUUUGGAGCAAUUCCUGCAUUUGCCAACUCAACUUAUUGCCGCAAAUGUUACACCCGGUACUUUCAUAAUUACCGAGUUCAAGGGAAUAUUCGCAAAUAUCACAUGCACGAGAAUAUACAGUUCAUCCAGAUCGGGACCCAUUUUUAUGUUGAGCGCAGUCUUUGCGAACUCUUUAGCGUCAUGAUGGCAACAGCAUGGACUUCAUCAACAAAUUGUGCUCGUAUCUAUCACGAAGGCCUUUCAAACCCGCAUGUCUCUCGUCUUCUUCCACCUGAUUGGCGAUUUGGGUUUGAGCUGGAUGUCAAAGCAGUCUCCAACGCAUUCUUUCUCCAUUCACUUCUGUUGGAUCACAGCCGCCGUGGAACAGUUCUGGAGCUCCUUCAUCAAGCAUCAUCACCCGCGCGGAGCGCCUCCGCCCUGCUCUUGAGCAGCGUAACUUGCUUAUGGCUGGCACCGGUCAAGAUGAAUGGAACCAUGGCUGUACAACCUGCUGUUGGUUUGAUGAACAAGCUGACGGCACAACGAUGCUCUGAGCCAGCUAGCACCGGCUACCGGACUUGCGCCGAGCCCACCCAUCGCUGGCUAGAGACCUACCACGAGUUGGCGGGCAAGGGCAUGUUUCAACUUAAACGGCGCCUCCAACGAGCACAAACCUCACAACCUAAUGAUGCACUCUCAUCUGGAGUGACUGAGCCUGAUUCCGAUGAAGAGACUCUUGAAGGCGAUGGGGCGGACAGCAAUGAAGAUAUUGAACUCGAUGUUAACACAAUUGUGUGUGAUGGCAAGCCAGAAACGGGCAAUCGUAUCGUCCGUGCACGCUUUGGCCGCACCAUGACCCACAAUGAAGAGCUUUGUGUCUCCUCAUGUGGGAUCAUUCUGGGUCGCGCCACGUUCUACGGGUCUGAAGCUCCCAACGCCGUCGUGCAGUUCUGGGAGGCGUUGUUCCCAACGAAAAAGUCCCUUCCACAAGUAUUAUGGCACGACAACAACUGUCGCAUCAUGGCUAUGCUUCGGAAUGAGCCGCAAGCCCGCCAGGAUUACUUCAAAGAUGUCGCAAAACCUGUCGAUGUCUUCCAUUUCAAGUGCAAACACAAGGAAGGGGACCUCGACUGUGGACGGGAUUGUAAUGCCUUAAUCUGGCCCGAGCUUUCUGUCAAUGGCAAAUGGCGCUUCAACUCAUCGGCUGCCGAACAGACAAAUGCAUGGUUUGGUGGGUUUCAAUCUAUUGUUCGUGAGAUGCCGGUGGAGCGCUACGAAUUCUUCCUCGAUGAGGUGAUUCGGCGUAGAAAUAUCUGGAUGGUCAAGUUGCUUGCUCAACGUGGCUGUCUUCCGCAUUCAAUUCCACGAGAGGAGCUGCUUGGGCAUUCUUAG